UUCCUCUUAACCGAAGUGGAACGUGAUAAUGAUAUAAAAGUCAUUUAGAGGACCCAUAGCAGUAUUGUCUCUGAAACUUCCAGUAGACAGCUUUUACUUUCAACAUGAUGAAGAUCGUGAUUUUCGUAUUGGCUUUGGCUGCCGUUGCUUACAGUUCAUACGUUGACGUUGACGUCAUUCCACAUCACUCUAAGCAUGGUUAUGGAAAUGGCAUCAGCACCAGAUAUUUCAAGAAAGCUCAAGGACACGGAUAUGGAUUAGGAUAUGGUCUUUUGGGACCUGCUUAUGGAGGUUACGGAUACGGAGAUGCUGGACUAGGUUAUGGACAGCUAGGCCUCGGAUACAAAAGCUUUGGUCUUAACAAUGGUAUUGGACUUGGUCUUGGCCAUGGUAUUGGACUUGGCCAUGGUAAUGGACUUGGUCUUAACCAUGGUAUUGGAUACGGAUAUGGUGGUCUUGGAUACGGUCUCGGUCUCGGUGGUCUUGGAUAUGGUCUCGGUGGUCUUGGAUAUGGUCUCGGUGGUCUCGGAUACGGUCUCGGUGGUCUCGGAUAUGGUGGUCUGGGAUACGUAUGGUAAUAUUACGGAUGCGGAUAUGACUAGAAAAGUUUAUAGAAGAAUGAAUUAUGCAAGAUUUUCUAAAGAUAAUUCCCAGAAUGUACGAGAGGACUGAAAGAAAGAAUUAUUUGUAAUCUACGAAUGAAUGUAAAAUACGGAUAUGAUUGCAGAAAAAUAAAUACACACUUUCAGUAUG